GUCACACGGACACGGGCAUCUUUAAUUUUUUUUCGAUACCAUAUCUAGAAAUAAGUUCAGUUAGUUAGGAGUAUUCUUCUAGAUCGGUCCUAGAGGGAGGAUCCUGAUUCGGUGAUCGAUUUCCGGGAUCGCGAGUGAUUUUCGGGUGGAGUGUAAAUCUUCAAGAAGAAUCAUUUGAGAGAUUUAAAAAUAAGGACACUCAAUAAGCGUGUCACUAAAAGGACUCAAGGACUUAUGGACUGAUGAUUAGAGUGACAAAGUGAAUUCGUGAUUGUGCCAUAGAGUAAAGCUGUCAACAGUGUUUCAAAAGAUAUCAAUUUCAAGAGGACGUUUGGUAGAUUUCGUCGUCGGUUCCCGGAAAAAUUUCCAACCAAGGCUGGUGGACCAAAAUCGGAAACCUUUGUCUCCUGCCUCAUCAAAAAUGAGGAACAGGAUACGAACGAGCCUGGGCUCGGUUGGCUUGCUGCUAUUUUUACUCAGCCAGACCACAAGCAGCUUUGCGCGGGAGAACAACGAUGACAACGCCCUGGUACCGAGUUCUGCCCGGAAGUACCCGCGUCAGGCCAGCGGUCUGGGACCAGUCCAUGAUCACACCCACAUCGAGACCAUCGAUGUGACGUGUGACCAACGCAAUGGAAUGCUGGUCACGAUCGAGUUCGAAUCGGACUUCCAGGGAGUGAUCUACAGUCAGGGUUACUACACCGACCCCAAGUGUCGUUACGUGACGGCCGGCAAGGGAGGUCGAUCGUUUAGCUUUACGGUGCCGUUCAGUGGGUGUGGCAGCAAGCCAUCCUGUUCGGUGUGUUCUUCGGUCGACAAUGUCCUUGUUAUCCAGAGUGAUGAGGACGUCCAGGAAGCGUGGGACACUGCUAGGAGGAUUUCCUGUAGCUCGACGGAGCAGCAGCAGAAUACCAUCUUCUUCAAACCUUUCGUUGUGGACAUGCUGGAAGUGGUGAAUGUUCCAACAGCUACUGGUGGAGUCGAAUGUUGGAUGGACAUUCAACGAGGGGCAUACCCUAGUAUUUCACCAAUUCCAAGUGUUAUCAAAAUUGGAGAAGCUCUGAGUAUUUUGGUAUACUUGAAAGAUCCACGAGGAGAGUAUGAUGUGUCAGUGAAAGAUUGCUAUGCCUACGAUAGCCCUGACUACAGUGACUCUGGAACGAGGAGGUUGCAACUUUCGGACAAAAACGGAUGCUCUCGUAAGAAGAAACUAUUUGGAACCUGGCAAAAGACAACCAACACUGGUAAUACUGGGGCCACAUUGAUACUACAUAAUGAUAUCAAGGCAUUCAAGUUCCCAGAUAGAAUGCAAGUAUUCUUGAAGUGUGACAUUGAAAUUUGCCGCGGAGGUUGCGGACCUCAAGUUUGUGAUAUUGAAGAACUGGUAAAGACUGUUGAAGCUACUACAACUACCACAAGACGACCAGUCGUUAGCACUACUCUUCCAGCUCGUAGAGGAACACGACCACCGCAGACGAUCCCCGCUUCGUUUCCCACUAGGGGAAGUCGUCCUACUCUUUCUCCAGCUGCCACAACUCAGACAGAAUACACCACCCAGGCUCCACCACGGCGUACUCGUCCUACUAGACCAGCUUCUGCUGAAUAUCAGUCAACCACUGUUCCCUCAAGGCGUAGAACAAGACCACCGACUCCAACUACAACCGAGUUUGUUUGUCUUCCUGGAUCAACGGAUGAAAGAUGUAACGCUAUUAUUGUACCAGACACACCCAACUGUGGACGUGGAUCACGGGAUCCUCGUUGUCGGCAACGUCCUACUACUCUGGCUCCGCUACGGUGUUUCCCAGGAUCUACUGAUCCUCGUUGUCCAGUGCCUGAAACAACAGCAGCUCCACUACGUUGCUUCCCUGGCUCCACUGAUCCCCGCUGCCCUGUGUUCGAAACGACCACAGACGCACCGAGAUGUUUCCCGGGAUCCCUGGACCCACGGUGUCCUACAACAACUACUGCUGCUCCACUGCGAUGCUUCCCAGGAUCAGUCGACCCUCGCUGCCCAACAACCCCCGCACCAGUUACGAGACCAACUGGACGAACACGACCAACAGGCCGUGGAACUCGACCACCCAGACCAACUACAGAAGCAACAGUUUUCGUACCUCGAGUCGAAAGCCAAAGAACUACCCAGGCGCCUAAUUGUUAUCCAGGCUCAACCGAUCGCAGAUGCCCAAGACCCGUGCCAACAACAUUGGCUCCAAUCGUUGAAACACCAGCACCUGCUUGUUUCCCGGGCUCCAGUGAUCCGAAAUGCAGAACUCCAGUGCUGCGUUGUACUCCUGGAUCCACCGAUCCUCGAUGCCCAACCUUCACCCAAGGUCCGAGCUGUUAUCCAGGUUCUAAGGACCCCGCCUGCUAUGAGAAACAGGACGCUCCAACUUACCUUCCACCAGUUACAACUCCUCAGCCCACACCACCACCAACAACCUCAGCUCCCCGAUGUUUCCCUGGUUCAACAGAUCCACGGUGUCCACAAACGACAACCCAACCACCCUUGCGGUGCUAUCCAGGUAACCCAGAUCCACGUUGUCCACAAACCACCACACCAAGACCCGUGCCAACCACAACUCCUGGUCCACGAUGCUACCCAGGAUCAUCGGAUCCAAGAUGUCCAUCGCUACCAACGACUACUGCUAGACCACAAUGCUUUCCCGGAUCAACCGAUGCACGUUGCCCACAAACAACUGCUGCUCCCCGUUGCUUUCCAGGAUCAAAUGAUCCGCGAUGCCCACAACCAACCACACCUUCUACAACAGCUGCUCCACGUUGUUAUCCUGGCUCAACUGAUCCACGUUGUCCACAAACAACAACACCUGCACCACUGAGGUGCUACCCAGGUAAUCCUGACCCUCGGUGUCCACAAACAACUACAGAACGACUCGUUCCUACGACCACUCCCGGUCCCAGAUGCUAUCCUGGAUCAACAGAUCCACGAUGCCCAACCGUACCAACAACUACUGCCGGACCACGGUGCUAUCCUGGAUCCACCGACCCUAGAUGUCCAACAGUUCCAACAACCACAGAUGCUCCACGUUGCUUCCCAGGCUCAACCGAUCUUCGUUGUCCCCAAACCACUGCUGCUCCUCGCUGUUAUCCAGGAUCAAAUGACCCACGUUGCCCAACCACACCGAGACCAACCCCGUCAACAACACCUGCCCUUCGAUGCUAUCCAGGAUCUCCGGACCCGAGAUGCCCGAAACCCUCAACUUCCCCUCCCGAAUACCUUCCACCAACGACUCAACCUUCAACCACAGCGGCUCCUCGUUGUUUCCCGGGAAGCACCGAUAUUAGAUGUCCUCAAACAACAACGACGACUGCUGCGCCCAGAUGCUAUCCUGGUUCCACCGAUCCACGAUGCCCAACGCCACCGCCGACAACAGCCGCUCCACGGUGCUAUCCUGGAACAGAUGAUCCACGGUGCCCUCAAACCACUACUCCACGACCUGUUCCAACGACCACCCCUGCUCCUCGCUGUUACCCAGGAUCACCGGACCUGCGGUGUCCCCAAACCACUCCGCGUCCAACAGCGCCACCACCACCACGUUGCUACCCGGGAAGCACCGAUCCUCGAUGUCCGCAAACAACCACACCACGGCCAGUACCAACAACAACUCCCGGACCACGUUGCUAUCCAGGUUCCACGGAUCUACGGUGUCCUCAAACUACCCCUGCAUGUUAUCCAGGUUCUCCUGAUCCACGGUGUCCGACAACGCCUCGACCAACUCCACCUACUACUCCCGUUUUACGAUGCUACCCGGGAGCAACUGAUCCCCGUUGUCCACAAACUACGACUCCGAGGCCAGUGCCCACCACAACACCCGCUCCCCGAUGCUUCCCGGGAUCGACCGAUCCACGUUGUCCCACUCCUCCCCCGACAACAGCGGCUCCAAGAUGUUAUCCAGGAUCUACUGACCUCCGGUGUCCGCAAACAACCACCCCAAGGCCAGUUCCUACAACCACACCACCUCCAAGAUGUUAUCCAGGAUCCCAGGAUCCCCGUUGUCCGACGCCUCCACCAACUACAGCUGCUCCAAGAUGUUAUCCUGGAUCAACCGAUAUUCGGUGUCCACAAACUACAACCCCACAACCAGUCCCAACUACCACACCUGCUCCACGUUGCUUCCCUGGAUCAACCGAUCCACGUUGCCCCACACCACCACCAACAACUGCUGCUCCAAGAUGUUAUCCAGGAUCUCCAGACCUCCGGUGUCCGCAAACUACAACUCCAAGACCAGUACCUUCAACCACACCAGCUCCGAGAUGUUAUCCAGGGUCUACUGACAUUCGGUGCCCUCAAACAACACCAAGGCCAACGACUCCUCCACCAGUACGCUGCUUCCCUGGAAGUACCGAUCCAAGAUGUCCUCAAACAACAACUUCAGCACCCCUCCGUUGCUUCCCAGGAUCAACCGAUCCCCGAUGCCCGACUCCACCUCCAACUACCUCUGCUCCCCGAUGUUAUCCAGGAUCGACAGACCCACGUUGUCCGACGCCACCACCAACAACUGCUGCUCCUCGUUGUUAUCCAGGAUCAACCGAUCCUCGAUGCCCUACACUACCUCCAACAACAGCUGCGCCUCGUUGUUAUCCCGGAUCAAACGAUCCUCGAUGCCCAACGCCUCCACCAACCACCUCUCGACCAAGCACCCAGGCAGAGGAAUACUUACCACCGGUGGAAAGUUCCAAAACGACUGCCGCUCCUCGAUGCUAUCCGGGCUCUAGCGAUCCUCGUUGUCCUACACCUCCACCAACGACACCGAAGCCAAACUGCUACCCGGGAAGUACGGAUCUUCGCUGCCCUCGGCCUGUAACGACGACACCAUUCCCAACCACUACCCCCGCCUUACGUUGUUAUCCAGGCUCCACCGAUCCACGAUGCCCGACAACAACGGCGGCGCCAAACUGCUACUUCGGUUCCACAGAUCCACGUUGUCCAAGGCCACCGGUUACCACAACGACGCCGCCCCCGCUCAGGUGCUACCCAGGAUCGACCGACCCAAGAUGUCCAACUACUCCACGACCAACGCCACCUCCAACAACUCCUGCACCAAGAUGCUACCCAGGAUCAACAGACCCGCGUUGCCCGACAACGCCUCGACCAACUCAACCUACAACGCCGGUCCUGCGAUGCUUCCCCGGUUCAACAGAUCCACGAUGCCCAACUACCCCGAGAUCUACCACCACCACUCGUCAACCCUGCUAUCCUGGAUCCCCUGACCCAGCCUGUCCGAAACCAUUCUUCACCACCACAACUCUCUCGUCCUGCUACCCAGGAUCGCUGGAUCCUAACUGCCCUCAACCGUACCGACCAAGCAGCACCAAUCCACCGGCAACAUACCUUCCACCCCUGCCGAUCAACCUGCGAUCGGCCCGGCACCUUAGCGCGGACACUCUGAACGAGAUCAACGCCCUAGCCGAGCAAGCCGAAGCCGAACCGAUCGAGGAGAGCAACAUCGAGGAGGAAGGUAACCAGGUGGGAUCGCUGCUUGAACGCCGAAAGCGAGAUUUGUCCGAACAGACCAAGGAGAUCAUCUCGAUCACGCUCAGCGUCAAAGGGUUCCAGUUCGAGCCGAGACCCUAAACAUUUUUGGAAAAAUGAACGUGUGAGAAACAUACCGCGCAAUACUCUUCAUUAUUUUUUACUAGUUUGUAUCGUUAGGAAGCGUAGCGUGUAGACGAGAGAUUAAUUUUUAAUUAAUGUUUGUACAAAGAUUCGACAGAGUGUAGCAAAAGCUGACCAAUUUAGAAAAUAGGGCAGAUGGUAAUCUUGGAUUUCCGUCGCAGGGAAAAACGUUACUCAAAGUUGUAAAUACCAUAAAAAAUGUCGCACGGUAGCCGGAAGAAAACUCCGUACCGUGAAAGUGAUUCGUCGUUGUUGUAAAUAAUAAUAAAGCCAUAUCGUUGUGUAAAUCA